CACAGGGGCUGUCCGCGCUCUCUGGCCCCCGCCGCACUCCGCGCCCCGGAGCCGCUGACACCGCACCCGAGCCGCCUACACCCGGCUCAGCUCUCGUCGGUCUCCUGGCCCUGCAGCUCGGGAGUUCUUGGGAACUCUGCGCCCGCCCGGCUCCCGGACUCCACUUGCCCCGCGGUCCCCAGUCGCCCACAGUCCCCAUGGCCACCCUGAGGGGCGAGCUAGGAGACGCCUGAGGAAGCCCAGACGGUGCCCGUCCACGGCCCUGCGGGCUGCGCGGCGGGAGUCUGCGCGGAGCUAUGCUGAGGCCGCGGGGUGCGGAGGAAGCCGCGCAGCUCGCCCCUCGGCGUGCCCGCAUCCUGGUCCCCGCACCCAGACCCGCGACCCCCGACGUGUCCCCGGCUUCUGCCCGCCUGGGUCUUGCCUGCCUGUUGCUGCUGCUGCUGCUGACUCUGCCGGCCCGUGUAGACACAUCUUGGUGGUACAUAGGGGCACUAGGAGCCCGGGUGAUCUGUGACAACAUCCCUGGUUUGGUGAGCCGGCAGCGGCAGCUGUGCCAGCGCUACCCAGACAUCAUGCGUUCAGUGGGUGAAGGCGCCCGGGAGUGGAUCCGAGAGUGCCAGCACCAGUUCCGCCAUCACCGCUGGAACUGCACCACACUGGACCGGGACCACACUGUCUUUGGCCGCGUCAUGCUCCGAAGUAGCCGGGAGGCAGCAUUCGUAUAUGCCAUCUCAUCAGCAGGAGUGGUCCAUGCCAUCACUCGGGCCUGCAGCCAGGGGGAACUGAGUGUGUGCAGCUGUGACCCAUAUACCCGAGGUCGGCACCAUGACCAACGAGGGGACUUUGACUGGGGUGGCUGCAGUGACAACAUCCACUACGGUGUCCGCUUUGCCAAGGCUUUCGUGGAUGCCAAAGAGAAGAGGCUUAAGGACGCCCGGGCCCUCAUGAACUUACACAACAACCGCUGUGGUCGCACGGCUGUGCGGCGAUUUUUAAAGCUGGAAUGUAAGUGUCAUGGUGUGAGUGGUUCCUGUACUCUACGUACCUGCUGGAGGGCACUCUCAGACUUCCGACGCACAGGUGACUACCUGAGGCGGCGGUAUGAUGGAGCUGUGCAGGUGACUGCCACCCAGGAUGGUGCCAAUUUCACAGCAGCCCGCCAGGGCUAUCGCCAUGCCACCCGGACUGAUCUUGUCUACUUUGACAACUCCCCUGACUACUGUGUCUUGGACAAGGCUGCAGGUUCCCUAGGUACCGCAGGCCGCGUCUGCAGCAAGACAUCUAAAGGAACGGACGGUUGUGAAAUCAUGUGCUGUGGCCGGGGGUACGACACAACUCGAGUCACCCGUGUCACCCAGUGUGAGUGCAAAUUCCACUGGUGUUGUGCUGUGCGGUGCAAAGAGUGCAGAAACACUGUGGAUGUGCACACUUGCAAGGCCCCUAAGAAGGCAGAGUGGCUGGACCAGACCUGAAUACACAGAUACCUCAUUCAUCCCUCCACUUCAAGCCUCCAACUCAAAAGCACAAGAUCCUUGCAUGCACACCUUCCUCCACCCUCAGUCCUGGGUGGCUACAGCUUCUGUUAUGGACUUGGAGAGUGAUCCAGAGGGACCCCAGUGUCCUGGCUGGUUCCUUAGCCCUAGGAAGGAGUUGAUAGGGGAUGGAUAUGAGACUGAGUGGCUCCCUGAUGUUCCAACUGGAGGUUUGAAGGGAGAGUAGAAGAGGUAGGAGUCUGUCUUCAGAGUGAUUUGGGUUGCACUAAAGUCAAGGCUCAUUUUCCCCUUUGCUUGCACUGAUUUCUGAUACUCUUUGGGUAUGCAACAGAAAGGGAAUCUGGAGGUAGCUUCCUUUUUGAUCCAACUGUAACAAGGACAGAUAGGACAGAGAUGUAACUGCCUGUCUCUUCACUGGAGACAGUUUGUGCAGACAAUCUUAGGCUAUAGCAUUCUGCUGAGACCCCGAGACAGCUAGAUGUGCUAGCCAUGGUGAACAGGGCUCCAUCUCAUGCUCUCAUGCAGCUUAUAAACUGGUGGUUUUGUGAGUGGGGAAAUCACAUAACUAUACAAUUCCACAUUCUCUGUGUCUCCUUUUCCACCUACAUCAGACACCAGCAGCCUGCUCACUGGCUGCCUGUGCAGAGUGAGGGAGCUUGCAGUGGUUCAGUCUUAACAGACCACUAGUGCCCCGGAACAGAACUGUGAGAGAAUAGUACAGUAAGCCUGGCUAGGUCUUGGGACUUUCCCCCACCAAUUAUUCUGGACAUUAGGUGGGUUUGGAAAAGACUAAGUGAAAGGCAGGUAGUCAUGGGGGAGGGUGAGCACACCUGAUCUCAAGGGCUGGGCGAGGAUCAGUGUGUACUAGGAUGGUAGAGAUGUCUCAUUUUGGCAGUUGUUUAGGAGAGGCCCAUCAGCAUUGAAGUAGGAGCAAAAGCAAGGUGCUGUACAGAGAAAGAGUUGGUGCUGGAGCCAAAGUGAUAGACACCUUAGAAGACAGUAGUCUUCCCCCAUUUACUCAGCAAAUCUUUAUUUUGUGAUUCUCCGAGUGCUACUGAUGACUACUGUCCACUCCAUGACUGACUUAAACAGAAGGGUUCCCUCUGUGCCCCCAGCCAUUGCCUAACCAGGGUAUGCAGUAGUGGAGUCUUUGAAGACAGCAGGCAUGGUAAGCUAGAAGGUAGGACGUGGGGUUUGAAAUCUUGAUGGCCUACUGUUGUAUGACCUACACAGUGAUCGUCUUCUGCCUAUUGGUAAACAGCAAUAGUAUAGAAAUCUGCAGUUAUAACAGACCUAGGUUUAAUCCAGCUAUUUACUCACUCACUGUAUUUUUUUAUUUUCAGCAAGGGUCUUUAAAUUCUCCUGGCCUGUUUUCUUAUCUGUAAAAUGAAGGUACAUGCCUUGCUCAGAAAUUGAGAUUUAUCUGUGUCCUAAACUCCAGCCAACAGAUAUACUUCAUCAAACCUCU